UCCGGGUUCCUGGAGCGACCGGAAGUGGGUCCUCUCUUACUUCCGGUUCGGCCAUUGUUUUUUGCUUCUACCACCGAGCAAGGUGUUGUGCGCCGAGGCGGCGUCGCAGCGGUACUCCCAGUGACACUCACCUCACCCUACAUCCCAACUUUGAAAAACAGCUCCUGGGACCUGAAUUAUAGACCGUCAUUUCAAUCAGACAAACUGCUGCUGGCACAAGCUUCUCCUUGGGGUCACAAUGGCCACCCCAGGCAGGGAAACUUUAGGCCUCAUCCCUGGGAGUGCUGUGCUCCAGAAGCAGGAGCCAGGAAGCCAGGCCUGGGGGCAAGUCUGCAGCCUCCAAAAGAACCGCCUUCCUGUUUGUGAAAUUUUCCGGCUACACUUCAGGCAGUUGUAUUACCAUGAGAUGUCUGGGCCCCAGGAGGCACUGAGCCGGCUCCGGGAGCUCUGCCGCCGGUGGCUGAUGCCAGAGGUGCACACCAAGGAGCAGAUCCUGGAGCUGCUGGUGCUGGAGCAGUUCCUGAGCAUCCUGCCCAGCCAGCUCCGGAUCUGGGUGCAGCUGCAUCACCCCAGGAGCGGCGAGGAAGCCGUGGCCGUGGUGGAGGAUUUCCAGAGACACCUCAGUGGAUCAGGAAAGGUUUCAGCUCCAGCACAGAAACAGGAAAUGCAUUUGGAGGAGAUGACAGCCUUGAGUGCAACAGAGGAAUCUCUUUCUGCUUCACUCAGUAAUGGUUCAGCCCCUGGAGCCCACCUGGAGCCUCCUCAUGACCCAGGGGCAUACUGCCUCCCCAAUGGGCACUCCGCUCAUUGUGCUUCCCCAGUGUCUGCCCUUCCCCAAGUGAGGAACAUAGGAGACCAAGCAGCAGAAACUGUGCUUCAGAUGGUCAGGCCCCAGGGGUCUGCAGUGUACAAGUUCCUGUCUGUGGACUACACUGAACAGAAGUGGGAAGAUCCAACAGUGAGUCAGAGAGCCCCGAACCAGAACAUCAUGCUGGAAUCCAACUGUAGCAUGGCCUCACUGGGUGAGACUCGGAUGGAAAAUUCAGAGUUGCCUCCAAAGCAGGAAAUUUCUCAAGAAACAGAGUCAUCUGAUGGGACAUCAGGAGGCCUGCAUGGGGUGGUACCUGAGGGACCUGAAGCUGGGAAUGCCUGUGAAGAUACUUUAAUGAAGCUAGAAGCACAACCCUCAGAGGAGGAAGGGAGCAGACUGGAAAGUGAUUUCUUGGAAAGAACAUGUGAGGAUAAAAACAAAUCUUCAGAAGAUGGAUGUGAUGAGUAUAAGGAUCUUGGGGAACAUAAGAAUCUGUCCUGUAAUCCUACAGAACAUCAGAUUCUGAAGGCACAGAAAUUAUAUCAAUGUGAUGAAUGUGGCAGAGCUUUCAAUACGAGUACACACCUCACUAACCAUCAGAGAAUCCACACUGGAGAGAAACCCUUUGUAUGUAAUGAGUGUGGCAAGGCCUUCAGGCAGACCUCUCAGCUCACAGCUCAUCUCAGAACCCACACAGGGGAAAAGCCCUAUGAAUGCAGCAAGUGUGAAAAAACCUAUCAGAACAUGUCCAAUCUCAUUCGACACCAGAGAUUCCACAAUGGAGAGAAACCGUAUAAAUGUAAUGAAUGUGGAAAAGCUUACAGUGCGAGUUACACACUCUAUGACCACCUAAGGACCCAUACUGGGGAGAAGCCUUAUGAAUGCAUUAAGUGUGGAGCUGCCUUUUCUCAGAAUGCAUGUCUUCUCCGACAUCAGUUACUUCACACUGGUGAGACUCGGAUGGAAAAUUCAGAGUUGCCUCCAAAGCAGGAAAUUUCUCAAGAAACAGAGUCAUCUGAUGGGACAUCAGGAGGCCUGCAUGGGGUGGUACCUGAGGGACCUGAAGCUGGGAAUGCCUGUGAAGAUACUUUAAUGAAGCUAGAAGCACAACCCUCAGAGGAGGAAGGGAGCAGACUGGAAAGUGAUUUCUUGGAAAGAACAUGUGAGGAUAAAAACAAAUCUUCAGAAGAUGGAUGUGAUGAGUAUAAGGAUCUUGGGGAACAUAAGAAUCUGUCCUGUAAUCCUACAGAACAUCAGAUUCUGAAGGCACAGAAAUUAUAUCAAUGUGAUGAAUGUGGCAGAGCUUUCAAUACGAGUACACACCUCACUAACCAUCAGAGAAUCCACACUGGAGAGAAACCCUUUGUAUGUAAUGAGUGUGGCAAGGCCUUCAGGCAGACCUCUCAGCUCACAGCUCAUCUCAGAACCCACACAGGGGAAAAGCCCUAUGAAUGCAGCAAGUGUGAAAAAACCUAUCGGCACAUGUCCAAUCUCAUUCAACACCAGAGAUUCCACAAUGGAGAGAAACCAUAUAAAUGUAAUGAAUGUGGAAAAGCUUACAGUGUGAGUUACAAACUCUAUGACCACCUAAGAACCCAUACUGGGGAGAAGCCUUAUGAAUGCAUUAAGUGUGGAGCAGCCUUUUCUCGGAAUACAUAUCUUCUCCGACAUCAGUUACUUCACACUGGUAAGAAACCCUACAAGUGCAACGACUGCGGGAAAGGUUUAUCUUCUAAAAGAGAUCUUAUUGACCAUCAGAGAAUUCACACUGGAGAGAAGCCUUUUGAGUGCAAUGAGUGUGGCAAGGCCUUUCGUCAGAAUAGUAAUCUUAUUCGCCAUCAGAGACUUCACACAGGUGAAAAGCCCUAUAAAUGCAAUGAGUGUGGAAGAUCCUUCGGUCGAAAGUCACACCUCAUUGCACAUCAGAGAAUUCACACUGGGGAGAAACCCUAUGAAUGUAUUGAGUGUGGAAAAGCCUUCAGUCAGCUUUCUACUCUUAACCACCACUAUCGAACUCGAACUCACACUCGAGAGAAGCUCUGAGGUCUGGCUUCAUCAGGUUCUUAAGGUGCAAGUUUCUAAGACACAGAGCAAGGAACUUUGAAUUAAACUUUAUUUAUAAGAAGGAUGUUUACCCUUAUCCCCUCUUGGAACCAUUAAUCAAAGUGGGCCAUUCCCUAAAUGCUGUCUGUUGGAUCAUGAAGGUGGAGAGUGGGAGGAACAAUGCAAUCCUUCUCCGCUAUUGGGGAAGUGUGGACUACACGUUUCUUGUAUUUGUUGGGUUUUCCCCUUCCCCCCUCCCUCCCUCGUUUUCCUCUCUCCCUUCUCUCUUUUUCCUUCCUCCUUCUCUUCUCUCUUUUUCUCUUUCUUUCUUUCAACUGUUCAGAAAUGUAUCUCAUUUCUUCAGUAUACAUCCCAUGACCAUAUGCUUUUCAAGAACAGAGAUUAUAUCUUAUUCUAUUCCACAUCUCCUAUUUUAUAAAUCAUUCUCCAAGACUCUGAUUCAUUCUCUACUUUCUCUUGGCUGUAUACCUCCUUACCUACUUUUUUUGUUGUGUUAAUCCUCAUCAGAGGAAAUUUUUCUGUUGACUUACUUAUUUCAGAGAGGGAGAAGGAGAGAGAUUGAAACAUCAAUGAUGAGAGAGAAUCAUGGAUCGGCUGCCUCCUGCACACACACCCCCCCACUGGGGAUCGAGCCCACAACCCAGCCAUGUGCCCUUGACUGGAAUCAAACCUGAGACUCUUCAGUCAGCAUGCUACGCUCUAUCCACUGAGCCAAACCGGCUAGGGCUCUGUUGACUUUUAGAGAGUGGAAAGGAGGGGGAGAGACACAGAGGUAAGCAUUGAUGUGACAGAGGCACAGUGGUUGUUGGUUCCUGCAUGUGUCUGGACCACGACCAGGGAUUGAGCCUGCAACCGGGAUAUGUGCCCUCGAUUGGAGUCUAACCUGGGACCCUUCAGUCCGUGGGCUGGUAUUCUAUCCACUGAGCCAAACUGGCCAGGGCCUUACCUUUUUUGUUUACUUUUUAAACUACUCCAGUCUAGACCCCAUCAUUAGUAUUCCCUACUCAGAAAACCCUUUCUUUUCCCCAUUUGCUAAUCUAUGUUCCUCAUAAUCUUCCAGAUCAAUCUCAUUUCUAGAUCCCUUCAGAUCCAGCUCAUCUGUGAAAGACCUUCAGACGCUUCUUCAUUCCUCUUAAUCAUUUGACCUCAGUACUUUAAAUUAGCUGGUGCUUUAAUGUGCAACUGUUGUUAAAUUGCCUUGUAAAUUAUUCUCAACUUAAUCCUUACGUGUAUACAUUCAUGACAAUUUGUAGUAGGGUCUUUGAGUUUGGGUACGGCAAAUAUUUUUUUUAGUAUGUAGAAAAUAAUUUUCAUAUACUAGUUGUUAACAAAUAAUAUUUUAAAAACUUACUCUUCAAUUGAACCAUCUUUAAAUUGGGCACAACCUACCUACCUGUCUCCACCACCAGACUAGAAGCUUUUCAAGAUGGAAGUGGCAUCUCAUAGAAUAUCACAUACAAAGACCUCAUAUCUUCUACAUGUACCUCUGGAAAUCUUACUGUUACUUUACUGUUGGUUUCUGAUAUAUAUUCUAUAGUAUGUAUGAAGUUUCCUUCUAUAUUUUUAAAAAAUAUAUUUUAUUGAGUUUUUUUUACAGAGAGGAAGGGAGAGGGAUAGAGAGUUAGAAAUAUCAAUGAGAGAGAAACAUCCAUCAGCUGCCUCCUGCACACCCCCUACUGGGGAUGUGCCUGCAACCAAGGUACAUGCCCUUGACCAGAAUCGAACCUGGGACCCUUCAGUCUGCAGGCUGACACUCUAUCCACUGAGCAAAACUGGUUAGGGCAAAGUUUCCUUCUAUUCCUGUAUUUAGAAGAAGCAAUGUGGAAUUGUAGUUAAGGACACAGAUUUUUGUGCCUUGAACUCUAGGUUCAAUCAUGAAUCCAUCACUUUCUUAGGUGUGUGAUCCUGAGCAAGUCACUUGGUUUCCUUGUGUCUCAGUUCUUCCAUCUAUAAAAUGAAUCGACCUCAUAGGGAUGUUAGGAUAAAAUUAGUUCGUAAGUGUAAGGCACUUAAAACCAGUGCUUGGCACAUAGUACACACUAUAGUAAUUAUUGUACUUUGUUUUUAUUAGAGUGGCAGCUAGAUUCUAUCACGUUUUAAAAGAAAUCUAUUGGUGUAAUUUUAUGGGUCAUAUCAUUUACUUUUGUAAUAUUUUUGACAAGUUUCCAAAUAAAUGAAAUUUCUUUGCACUUUUGGUAUAAAA